GGCAAGUUGACAAAUCGACGUUGUGUGCUAUGUUCGAUCAGGUUGUCUUGUAGCUGCCGUUGCGCGGUCGAUACGUUGUCGGUGAGAUUCGUGGUUGGUACUUCAACUGGUGACAAACACAACUUGUGAUGGAUCCCACUGGUUUGUCGAGACGCUCACGAUGUCAACGCCGGUUACCGAAAGCUGCGAGUGAAGAACUGUUUUGACGGACCAGCUGUGUGAUAUUUGCAAUCGCGAACAGAUAAUGACCCGGGUUACUAAUUCCCGCCGCAACUUCGCCAAGUCCGGCGCAAGUAAAGCUGUGAUACCGACGGAUGACAGGGCAGGACUGAACCAGGAGGGGCCGUCAAGCCUAGCACGACACAUCCAGCUGCCCGAGCUACCCGUGGACGGUGAUCUUGCAUUCGAGGCACAAGCAGCACUCUUUGCUGUAGUGUUACUGGUGUGCCAGCAACUGCAGUUGCAUAGGGCUGCCUGGUGGCUGCCACAUGCGCACCAAGACCAGGCGUUGCACUAUGAACUGGUGGAGCCUCAUGCAGCUGCUCUGAGCCUCGCAAUCAUGUGCCACCCACUGCCGGCGGCCUUGGCCAAGCGAGUUCUGGCCGCACUGCUGCCCAGCAGCUGGGAGCCGCGUGUGACGGCUGUGUGCCAAGGGGCUACAUUGAUGGCCACGGCCGGACUUGUGGCUUGGGCUGCAUUCCAUGUGUGCUGCAAGCACGGUGUUUUCAGCGUCCUGUGCCUUGCCUACCCGGGUGUUAUUCACGUAGUGCUGUUCGGUCCCCGGCCAGGACUAAUACGCGAGUGGCCUACGCCUGUGGCACAUGUAUGUUCCUCAGUACCAGCUGAAGUGAGGGCCGAGGUUGAACGCCACAAGCAUGACUUCAAUGAACGACUCAAGCGCUGCCUUUUCCAGGCGCUGCUUGUGACAUACUAUGCGGCCCUGCAGCCAUGCUGCUUUGUGCCACCUUCACUUCAUCUGGAGCCCUGGGCACUCGCUCAGCAUGGUCUGUUAGCUUGGCUGGCUGCCUUGACGCUGCACGCUUCACGCCUCUUCCCACCACGUUACCUGGAUUCACUGCACAGGGCAGCACUACACCUGGGACGUUGGCGCCGGCUCGAGGCCCGUCACGUCCAUGCCCCACAUCAUCUGUGGUCCGACACAGUGCUGUGGCCCCAGAACAACCUGGUGAAGCACAGCCGAGAGUUCUUCCGUGCGGAGGGGGUCAGCAACGCCGCAGAGCCUGGUCACCCAUGGCACGGUCGUUUCUACGGUCUGUUCCGCAGCCCCGCCGUGGUGGUUGGGGGAGCGCUCGCUUUACAGGCAGCUCAGCUGCUGUUCCUACUCUAUGUUCUGGCCAGUUCCUCGGAAUGGCAUCGGCUGCUGACGGCCAGCUUGCUCGUGUUGCUCAAUUCACUGACCCUCUUCAAACUGGCACGUCAAUAUCUAGUCCUCGACAAAGUGUAUCAUGCAGAACGCUUGCUGCACGAGCGGCUUGCCUCCUGAGUUUGUCCCACGAUCAGCGACUCAUGUAGGC